AUGCCUCCUGGAUCUGAGUUAGGGAGGCAGCGGUGUUACGUCUCCCUCGGUCGGCCAACCGUCUCUGUUCCUGUAAUGAUUGUCACCUCUGAGGACGAUCAUUUUGUGUCUGACGCCAUUCCAGACCCUAAUUUCUGUAACUAUAUCGUUAAUUAUGCAUACAGCAUUGGUUACAUAUUUGAUGUUUUUGAGGAAAGGAUGGGCCAAAUACUGGAUGAAUUAUGA